AGUUGGGUCUUGUAAAACCGUCUUAUCCUAAAAUUCCUAAAGAGGAGAGUAAAAAAUUCCAAGAGGUGCUUGGUGAUAAAAAAUGCGUGAGAUUGUUCAUAUCCAAGCCGGUCAAUGUGGCAAUCAAAUUGGAGCCAAGUUUUGGGAGGUGAUUUCGGACGAGCAUGGCAUCGAUCCCACGGGCUCCUAUCACGGUGACUCGGAUCUUCAGUUGGAGCGGAUUAACGUGUACUACAAUGAAGCCUCCGGACCGAAAUAUGUGCCGCGCGCGAUUCUGGUGGACCUCGAGCCCGGUACGAUGGAUUCUGUCCGUUCAGGAUCGUUUGGACAGAUAUUCCGACCGGACAACUUCGUGUUCGGACAAUCGGGGGCUGGCAAUAACUGGGCCAAGGGUCAUUACACCGAAGGCGCCGAGUUGGUCGACUCGGUGCUCGACGUGGUGAGGAAAGAGGCGGAAGGCUGCGAUUGUCUUCAGGGUUUUCAGCUCACACAUUCGCUGGGAGGCGGCACCGGUUCCGGAAUGGGCACUCUGCUCAUCACAAAGAUCCGAGAGGAGUACCCCGACAGGAUCAUGAGCACUUUCUCUGUAGUACCUUCUCCCAAGGUGUCCGACACCGUAGUGGAGCCCUACAACGCCACUUUGUCGGUUCACCAGCUGGUGGAGAACACAGAUCAAGCUUAUUGCAUCGAUAACGAAGCUCUUUACGAUAUUUGCUUCCGCACGCUGAAACUGACUACCCCCACGUACAGUGAUCUAAAUCACUUGGUCUCCGCUACCAUGUCCGGCGUGACAACCUGUCUAAGAUUUCCCGGUCAACUGAACGCCGAUCUGAGGAAACUGGCGGUGAACAUGGUGCCUUUCCCUCGUCUGCACUUCUUCAUGCCCGGUUUCGCGCCGCUCACGUCCCGAGGAAGCCAACAGUAUCGUGCGCUCUCCGUACCGGAGCUCACUCAGCAAAUGUUCGACGCGAAGAACAUGAUGGCGGCCUGCGAUCCUCGUCAUGGUCGUUAUCUGACCGUGGCGGCUGUCUUCCGCGGCAGGAUGUCGAUGAAGGAGGUGGACGAGCAGAUGCUCAAUAUCCAGAACAAGAAUAGCUCGUACUUCGUCGAAUGGAUCCCGAAUAACGUGAAGACCGCCGUCUGCGAUAUUCCACCGCGCGGCCUCAAGAUGUCCGCCACCUUCAUCGGCAAUUCGACAGCCAUCCAGGAAUUGUUCAAGAGAAUCUCAGAACAGUUCACCGCAAUGUUCAGGAGGAAGGCCUUUCUGCACUGGUACACCGGCGAGGGUAUGGACGAGUUGGAGUUCAACGAGGCCGAAUCGAACAUGAACGACCUGGUGUCGGAGUAUCAACAGUAUCAGGACGCGACGGUGGAGGACGAGGAGCUGAUGGACGAAGAGGAAAUGGAGAAAUAGAAGGGGGAGGAACGAAGAAGCGCGCUUACGUUUACAAAUUACUUUUUUUCGAUCGCGUACGUUUUAUUUCGAAGAUUUGUUUAUUUGUUUUCUUUUUAGUCAUCCUUUACAACAUUUUAUAUGUCGGUAGUACGAAUAUACUCUUUUCCUUUUUUUACGAGGAGUCCUGAUUAUUCGUAGUAUUUGUAAUAUUU